AUGCCCAACACCGCAACACGCAUAACCAAGCUCAACAAAAUUCUUGGCUUGGCUUUCGGGAACAAGCUCCAACACUACCAAAUGGCCACCAUUGCCCCAAACCCGUCGACUACAACUACCGAUACCAACGGUGUCAACGAUGUCAACGGUGCCGCGCAGACGAAAUCCGACAUUGCCAAUCUACCUAGCCCUGUAGACCAAGCCAAUGGCGCGGACCAGAGCCACCAGGCCAAGCCCGAUGCCGCAAAUCCAUCCAAGGCACCCGAGGCAGCCAACGACACCGACGACGAAACCGACGACGACAACGCGGGCCAGGGCACUUGCAACACCAAGCAUUCACAGCCUCGAGACAACGGAACACGGCCGGCACCCAAACCCAAAUCACUGCAAGCGAACGGCUCCGGUCUGAAACGGGCAAUCAAGGGCAAGAAACCACCUGGGGGUUUCGACACAACACCGCUGCCAGACGCGCCUCAAGGCUAUACCAUUCGAUUUACCUUUCGCUAUGCUGCCAACUUACCACCGGCUGACUUUGGUACUGCCUCCUCUGACCCGUUCCUCACCGCCACGCUCACGGCGUCCAACCCAAAGAGACAUAAAGAGGACCCUGACCUCGUCCACCGCACUCGCACCAUUAGGAAGACGACAGAGCCGGAAUGGAACGAAGAGUGGGUGGUCGCAAAUGUGACUCCGUCGGGAUUUAAACUCAAGUGUCGCCUCUAUGAUGAGGACGCCGCUGACCAUGACGACCGCCUAGGAAACGUGACCAUCCAAGUGCCUCGAGUAUUUGAACAAUGGGAAGGGAUUCCUCCACCGGGUAAGGAGUAUGCGGCCAAGAAGCGCGUCAUGAGCAAGCGAGCUUUCCUAGUCCAGGCAAUAGCAAGCUUGUUGCGCUCUGAUACUCAUCUCACCCCAAAACUUUGCGUCAGCAUUGAAGUCCUCGGCAAAUCAGAUCCUCCAUUUGCCCAGAUGUGUACCCUUGGGCCAACGAGGUGGACAAAACACUUUAGUCCCAUGAUUGGGAGAAUAACAGGCACCAAAGUGAACAGGGAUGAGGAACAUGACCAGGACGGGGGAUCUUGUCAGGCCGCGAGCUCCGGUCAAGCUGGGGAAAAGAAGAGCCAGAAAUACGACUUCCAAGCAAAUGAGAUGCAACUACAGGGUCCCGUACCAGCUGAACUGUACCACCGCUAUGUCGAGUUCAGACCCAUCAUCAGUUCCAUGUUCUCGUCAAAAGGCAUCCGCGGCAAAAUUCUCAACAUGGCGCUGCACAAGCAACACAACCGCGUGUACAACUACGACCAGUCCACAGAAUGGGGCUCAUUCGAGCCGUGCUCCGACGCAGCGACGCUGGCCUUUCUCAGACUCGCCCACUUUGACGAAGGCGGCCGAACGUUUACCUACGUACUCACGUUGGACGGCCUGUUCAGGUUCACCGAGACGGGCAAAGAAUUCGGCAUUGAUCUUCUGAGCAAGCACACAAUGCACUCCAACGUAGAGACGUAUAUUGCCUGCUCUGGAGAAUUCUUUAUUCGACGGCUCGAACGACCCGUCGCAUCAGAUGACCCCCAACCCGCGGAGAAGACGCACCCAGAGGAUCCCAUCUCUGGCGGCCCACCUGAUGAGUCGCCGCCCUCCAACCCGGCGUACUACCAGCUUUUCAUCGACAAUGAUUCCGGGACGUACCGACCGGAUAAGUCGAUUUUGCCCAAACUCAAGAAAUUUCUCGAGAAGAACUUUCCCAACUUGGGCGUCGUCACUAUGCACUGUGAGGAUGAGGAGCUCCAGAGGACCCCCAUACGAUCAAAGACGCUCUGA